UGUUAGCUCGCCAAAACGGAAGUGCGGGUAGGAUUUUUCUCUUGAGCUAACGUUGUUGUUGACAAUUUUAAAUGUGACGCGCUCUCUGUUUCCGUUUGUGUCUUCAACUAAAGCUACACGCAAACGAGCAGUCUGUGCCUUUUAAAUGUUUUGACGAUUAUGAAGAAACCGUAAUGUUUAUGGACACGAUAUGAAGCUGAAUAAUGGAGCGGCUUCAUUUGGUAACCUCAAACACGUUUAGCCAUGUUGCUAACAGCUGUAAGAAUGUGUAGCAGAAUGUCAGCUCCUCCUGUGUUUAUGUAAAGCUAACACAUGUAGCAGCCGAGACAGUAAUGAAUGCUGCUGCACCGCGGGAACUCAAAAUUAGAAGAGUUUCAUGCAAGAAGAGGCCAAGGGACGGACCACCGACACACCUGACACCUGCCCGGAAGAGAAGAGGGGGCGAAGGAGCAGGAGGAGGAGCAGACAGCUGUUCACAGAGAUGUCCCACAAACAGGAGGCUCAGCAGCGUCAUGGCUCAAACUCAACCUGCUGAGUACUGUAGUGAUGCUGAGGACUUAUUUGGGGACUAUGACAGCCUCCUCGAGGACAGCUCUCUGUUGGCGAAGCUGGACGAUGCUGAACAAUGUGAGAGGCAGGAUCGCAAAACGUCAAAGAAUGAUGUCCAUGGACAGUCCUGCGGAGACAUCCUCACUGACUCCAUCUUGGACAGCCUUGUGGAUGAGCCCUUCGAGGACUUACCGCCCAGUCAGAUCCAGUUUGAAGAGCAGGUCGAGGUCGUGAAGAGGAGCAGGCUGCAGGGCGGCGACAGAGCGUCCACGCCGGACAGAAUAGGGGAUGAUGCAAGAGACAGACACACAGAAGACAAAACGAAGAGACGAAGCAGAGCGAGGAGGAGUGUGACUGAUCAGCUGAAGAGGACAAUGGUCUGUAACGGUGCGGUGCCAUCAAACGUCUCUCGCACUGCCGCGUUAAAGGAAGCGGUGGUUUCUGAGGAGAUCACCGUCGCCAUGCAGGCCAUGGAGACGGUUUCCACGGAAACGACUGACCUUGGGCCUUUCUUUGGACUCCCCUCCAAAGUAAAAGACCUGAUGCACAAACUGAGAGGAAUCAAGAGUUUAUAUGACUGGCAGGAGACGUGUCUGAACCUGGACUGUGUCCAGCAGAGGAAGAACCUCAUUUACUCGCUGCCCACGAGUGGAGGGAAAACUCUGGUGGCUGAGAUCCUGAUCCUGCGAGAGCUGCUGUGCAGGAAGAAAGACUGUCUGUUCAUCUUACCCUACAUAUCACUGGUGCAGGAGAAGGUGCGUGGCUUGGCGAGCUUCGGCCUGGAGCUGGACUUCAUGGUGGAGGAGUACGCCGGCAGUAAGGGCAGAUUUCCUCCAGUGAAGCGGAGGAAUAAGAUGUCGCUGUACGUGGCUACGAUAGAGAAAGCUCACAGUCUGGUAAACUCUCUGAUAGAGAACGGUCGACUGGAUCAGCUGGGACUGGUGGUGGUCGACGAGCUCCACAUGUUAGGGGACGGCAGUCGAGGAGCCGUCAUUGAAAUGACUCUGGCUAAACUUCUGUAUGUGAACAGUCAGACUCAGAUUAUCGGAAUGAGCGCAACACUGGGAAACAUCGGAGAUCUGCAGACAUUUUUAAAGGCUGAGAAUUACACUAACGACUUCAGACCUGUUCAGCUCAAAGAAUAUGUAAAACUGAGGGACACCAUCUAUGAAGUGGACCCAAAGGAAGAGGACUGUUUCAAGUUCUCACGUCACCUCAACUUCAAGUACUCCAGUGCGAUGCAGAAGGUGGACCCCGACCACAUCAUCGCUCUGGUGACAGAAGUCAUCCCCACACACUCUUGUCUCGUCUUCUGUCCCACCAAGAAAAACUGUGAGAACGUCGCUGUCAUGAUCUGCAAAUACCUGAAAGGGGAGUUUCUGAAGCACAGAGAAGCAGAGAAGUCCGUGCUCCUCCGCGAGCUGAGGGACAGCAGCGACGGGGUCGUGUGUCCCGUCCUGAAGAGGACGGUGCCGUACGGGUUGGCGUACCACCACAGCGGACUGACCACCGAGGAGAGGAAGCUGGUGGAGGAGGCGUACUCCAACGGCGUCCUCUGUCUCCUCGCCUGUACCUCCACCCUGGCUGCUGGCAUCAACCUGCCUGCCCGCAGAGUGAUCCUGCGCUCGCCGUACAUUGCCACAGACUUCCUGAAGAGGAGUCAGUACAAACAGAUGGUGGGCCGGGCCGGGCGAGCGGGCAUCGACACGGUGGGAGAGAGCGUCCUCAUCCUGCAGGACAAAGACCGCAACAUGGCUAAAACGCUUGUGUGCGCUCCGAUGGAGAACUGCUACAGCAACCUGAUGCACGAGGACGGGAAAGGAAUCCUGAGUCUCAUCCUGUCGCUCAUCGGACUCGACAUCACCACCUCGGUGCAGCGCGUGGAGGAGUUCCUGCGCGGGACGCUGCUCCACGUGCAGCAGGAGCAGCUGUGUGUGGGGCGGAGUCUGUGGGACGCGGUGCGCCAGUGCGUCGACCUGCUGCGUGAGAAGGAGCUCGUCACCGUGACGACGUCACACCGGGACAAGAGUCAAGAGCUGCAGGUCACCAAGCUCGGGAGAGCGACGUUUAAAGGCUCAGUGGAUCUGACCUUCAGUGACCUCCUGUACAAAGACCUGUCCCUGGGCCUGGAGGGCCUGCUGCUCAACAGUUACCUGCACCUGGUCUACCUGGUGACGCCGUACGACAUGAUCACUCAGUGCAAACCGGACUGGAUGAUUUACUUCAGACAGUUCACGCUGCUGUCGGCCGCCGAGCAGAAGAUGUCGGCUGUCGUCGGCGUCCCGGAGAGUUUCGUUGCGAGGAAAGCCGCGGGACAGACGGUGAAGAAUAGCGCGAACACGGCGGUGGUGCAGCGGAUGUACCUGGCUCUGGUGCUGCUUUCUUUACUGAGGGAAACCAACGUGUGGAGUGUGGCCGACAGGUUUCAGCUGAGCCGAGGCUUCGUUCAGACGCUGCUCAGCUCCUCCUCCGCCUUCUGCUCCUGUGUGCUGCACUUCGCCGAGGAGCUGGAGGAGUUUUGGCCGUUCAAAGCUCUGCUAACAGAGCUCACACGGAGACUGAGUUACUGCGUGAAGGCGGAGCUUAUCCCUCUGAUGGAGGUGGUGGGGGUCAUGGAGUCCAGAGCGAAGCAGCUGUAUAACGCCGGCUACAAGACGCUGACUCACCUGGCAAACGCUGACCCUGCAGUUCUGUCCAAGACGAUAGAAAACCUGCACAAGAAACAGGCCAAUCAGAUUGUAGCAUCAGCUAAGAUGCUUCUGAAUGAGAAGGCGGCAGCUCUUCAGGAGGAAGUGGACGAGCUGCUGACCACUCCCACAGAUCUACCUAAUGAGCAACACGUCUGACUCUAUUUAUUACACACAACUUUACUCUCUCUGUUUUUUAUUCUUUAUUCUUUUUUCAUUUUUGGAAUGCAUAUCAUAUCA